AUGCAGCUGCUGCAGUGCGCAAUUACGACGCAAGCUCAGCAUGACAGCAGCAGCAACCGCAGCAGCAGCAGCAGCAGCGCUCCAGUGCCGCAGCAGCAGCAAGCCGCCGCCUACAGCCCUCCCGCUGCUGCCCCCGGCAAUGAGCCCAACUUAAAAAGACACUCUUUGGGGGGCCCCCCAGCAGCAGCAGCAGCAGGUCUGUCUGUGUGGGGUUUUGCCUCGGGUGUACAGGCAGCAGCAGCGCCUUCAGGUGUACAGGCAGCUCCUUCAGGUGUACAGCCAGCUCCUUCAGGUGUACAGACAGCUCUCCCCGGCUUCUCUGCACCCGGAGAGGGGCCCAUGGGGACUGGGUCUGCAGCAGCGCCGCCUGCUGCUGCUGCUGCUGCUGUUGCUGCUGCUGCUCCGGCUGCUGCAGCGGCUGCGUGGGGCCCCCAGGCGCAGCAGCAGCAGCAGCAGCAGCAGCAGCAGCUCGUGUCAGGCCCCCAGGGGAUCUGGCAGCAGCUGCUGCUGGUGGCUGUAGAUGUGGAUGGAACUAUUCUUUACAAAAAGCUGCCAGAGGGGCCCCCGGGGGCCCCCCAGGUCCCUUGUGGGGACAGCACGGACGCUUUGUUUGCUGCUGCGCGUGCUGCAGCAGCAGCAACUGCAGCAGCAGCAGAAACGGACCCCGACGCCGCCGCUGCAGCAGCAGCAGCAGCAACAGCAUCCUUCGACGCCACAGCAGCAGAGGCUGUCCGCGUUUACAGCUCCGGCUAUGCUGCUGUCAUAAACCGCUUCCUGCAGCAACAGCAGCAGCAGCAGCAGCAGCAGCACAAUCACAACCAGCAGCAGCAGCACCAGCAGCAGCAGAACCAGCAGCAGCAGGAGCAGCAGCACGACCAGAACCAGCAGCAGCAGCAGCGCGACCAGCACGCGCAGCAGCAGCAGCAUCCCAACCAGCAGCAGCAGCAGCAGCCGCAGCAGCAGCAGCAGCAGCAGCAGCAGCUGCAGCAGCAGCAGCAGCAGCAGCACUUCGGGGGCUGCGUGGCCGGGCUGCUGCAUGCAAUAGACAAUUAUGAGCAGCAAAUGGCUUCGACGCAAAACACCAAAAAACUCCUCAAGGGAAUUCGAAAUAGCGAUAUUGACAAUUUGGUUUUCUCUCCCAAAAGUCCAACUCAAACGCCACGGCCAGCAGCACUUGAGUCCGGAGUUCCUGUGUCUUUCAUUUCUUUGGCCUGGAGCAGCAGACUGGUGACUCAGGCGCUGCGGCGGCUUCUGGGUCUUGUGCUGCGGCAAGAGCUGCUGCCAAACCCCAGCAGCAGCGUGAAUGCUGCUGCUGUUGCAGGCGCAGCAGCACUCGCCCGCAGCAGCAGCAGCAGCAGCAGCAGCAGCAGCAGCAGCAGCGGGGACUUUGCGGGGCGCACGCUGGCUGCCUUGGCAGCAAAAGGAAAACACUUUCCUCUCGACACUCCGCUGCUGUCUGUGGAUGCCAACGAGCUGGAGGUGGACGAACACGGGGUCACCACCGGCGAGUUGAUCCGCAGUGUUGUUGCCUUUUCGGAUAAACGCCGGGCCCUUGAAAAGAGGCAGCAGUGGGCAGCAGAAAUCAGGAAGCAGCAGCAGCAGCAGCAGCAGCAGCAGCAGCAGCAGCAAAAUGCUGUUGUUGCUGCUGCUGCAGCUGAGAAUGGUUUCGGAAACAAUGCCUCUGGCGCGCCGGCUGCUCCUGGGGGUCUCACAGUUUUUAUCGGCGACUCCGACGGCGACAUUGCUGCGCUGCUGCAUGCAGACAUAGCAAUCUUGAUUGGUUCUGUGUCUUCUUUGAAGACUUUCCGAAUCUGUUCCCUCAAAGUUUCCCCCCUGAGGCACCUCCUGGACUGCCUGCAUGCACACCAGGGGGCCCCCCAGGGGGCCCCCCUGGGGGCCCCCCUAGGGGCCCCCCUGGGGGGCCCCCUGGGGGCCCCCGCGGCUGCUGCUCUCCAGAGCUGUAGCUAUCUGUGGGGUGGGAAGAAGGAGGCUUAUCCGACAGCAGCAGCAGCAGCAGCAGCAGCAGCAGCAGCAGCAGCAGCAGCAGCAGAAAAGACAAUAUUUCAGACCGAUAGCUGGGAAGAAAUUUAUACCCUUUUCUUCGGAGCAUGGCCAGCCCAAGAUGAGCCAGCGCAUGCAAACAUCAAUGAGGGGGCCCCCUAA